AGAUUUGCUUAGAUUUAACUUAUUAUUGAAUAAUUAUUUCAUCAUUACCAUGUAUUAAAACAAUGAUUAUUAUAUAGCAAUUAGAAUUUCUUACUUUUGUGCCGUAAUUUACGACAUUGAGUAAUACAAAUGUCUACGAAGGAAGGAAAUAUAUUUGACCGUUUAUGCAACUUUAAGAACACAUGGAACAAAUUAAUGAAAAAUAAAGCUUUUAAAUUCGGCUUACCAUUCGUAACUUUCGUAAUAGGAGGAUCCUUUGGUCUUAAGGAAUGGACAACAAUAAGGUAUCAAUUUGCUAAAGUCAAAGGUGUAAGUAAAGAGGAAGCAGAAAAAAUGGGUCUACACAAAGAGAGAGAUGUUACGCUAGAAAGCACAUACGAAGAAAUCCAAAAGUUAGAUAUAGAUAACUGGGAAAAUAAGAGGGGUCCAAGGCCCUGGGAGGAAAGUGGCCAACAAGCACAAAGUGGUCACAAAAAAAGAUAAAAAAUUUAUAGUUUUCCUUAGUUUUCUUGUAAAUAUUUAUG